AUGGCCAAAACAAGAUCUAAGGGACCUGUAUCACCUGCGGCUAACAAAGUAGUUAAACCUGUUAAAGCAAAGUCUUCAAAGACAAAGGCAAAAAGGAUUACUGAGCCAAAAGAAGAGGUAGAAGAGCAGAAAUCCGAAUCAUCUAGUACACCAUCUGCAAAUCAAAUACCUGAGAAGGUUCCUCUUAAAGCUUUGUCUGAGCUUGCAAAAUUUAUUAAAAGAGAACAAGAAGCCAAGGCAGAUAAAUCUCAAAAAGAAGUGAAUGGCGAUGGAAAGAAACUGCAAUUAUUUGAAGAAGACGACGAGAUCCCAUCUGAUUUGUUCCUCAUAGUUGAGUCUAAGAAGUUUUUUAGCUCUAAACCACAAUUCAAGCCAAAAACAAUAAAGCUUACCAAACCUAUCUACAAUACAACAGACACAAAAACAUGUUUGAUUGUUCGUGAUGAGUUAGUCAAGAAUAACGAGGAUAUUGAAAAACUCGAAGGUGAAAACUUGUCAACACUUGAGAAUAUUAUUCCAUUCUCUCUGCUCAAAACUGAAUUUAAAGCUUACGAAAAGAGACGUGAUUUGCAUGCGCAAUACGAUUUGUUCAUUGUUGAUGAUGCCGUGCUCAACUCGAUGCCAAACUUGUUGGGUAAAGUGUUUUACCAAUCUAAUAAGGUUCCAGUCCCUGUCCGUGUUACAAAUUCAUCGAAUAACAAGCAGCUUUCACUUCCGACAUUGAAAAAUCAGUUGGAAAAAGUCUUGUCCAGUACCGUAUAUGUCCCACCUCAAGGCACAGUAGUGUCUAUCAAAGUAGGGCAAUUGGAUGCCAAGGAAUUACACCAAGAGCUUGCCAGAAACAUUGAAAACAUUGUAGGUGCAUUUGACCUCAACACAGUCAAGUCAAUCAUGUUGAAGACCACAACUUCUCCAGCAUUGCCAUUGUUCUACACUGAUAAAUUGUUUGAUGAAGAGGAUGUUGUUCGUGAAGAAGAGAGCACUAGCGAAGCUGAAGCUGUUAAGAGUGUUGUGCCAAAGAAAGAGCUGGCGUUUGAAGCAUCUCUUGCAGAAUUGGCUGAUUCUGAAACCAUUGCUAAAGUACUUGGUAAGAAGUUGAGAGAAGAAAAACAAGAGAAGAAAAAAGACAUAAAAGGUAAGGUUGGUAAAUCGAAAAAAUAA